AUGGCAGAGCAACCCCCAUCCCCGCGCCUAGACGACACCGACGUUAACGUCGACGAGGAGCUCAAGCGCAUGCAGGCGCAGCUCGCCGAGAUGGAGGCCGAGAAGCACGCGCUCGAGAAGGACGCACCAGACUCCGCCGGCGGUGAGGGGGAGACAGCCGAUGCCAACAUGGACGAUGACGAGGCACCUGCCGCCGUCGACGCACGAAGCGUUUACAUCGGCAACGUCGACUACGGAGCGACCCCAGAGGAGAUCCAGGCCCACUUCCAGGCUUGUGGCACCAUCAACCGUGUCACCAUCCUGUGUGACAAGUUCUCUGGACACCCCAAGGGCUAUGCCUAUGUCGAGUUUGCCGACCCCUCCGUCGUCCAGAACGCGCUGGUGCUCAACGAGUCGUCGUUCCGUGGCCGCCUCAUCACGGUCCGUGAGAAGCGCACCAAUGUGCCAGGCAUGAACAUGACCAACCGCGGUCGUGGACGUGGACGUGGUCGUGGCCGCCCCUUCCGCGGACGUGGCCGUGGCCGUGGUCGUGGAUGGUAG